UUAGGUUUUUCAAUGCAAAGAAAAAUUGAAGUAUAUAAAAAAAAAUUCCUGGUGAUAUCAAUAAGGUCAUGAAAUUUAUAUUUCUUUGUCUUUUUUUUUUUUACAUAUAAUGGAUCUGCCUGAAACGAUGCACGAUUUUCUUUUAGUCUUUCUGGGAUCGGGUCUUCUAUUAGGAAGUUUAGGAGUAGUAUUACUUACCAACCCCAUUUUUUCUGCUUUUUCGUUGGGACUGGUUCUGGUUUGUAUAUCUUUAUUAUAUAUUUUAGCAAACUCUCAUUUUGUAGCUGCAUCACAGCUACUUAUUUACGUGGGAGCUAUUAACAUUUUAAUCAUAUUUGCUGUGAUGUUCAUGAAUAGUUCCGAAUAUUACCAAGAUUUGAAUCUUUGGACCGUAGGGGAUGGAAUGACUUUGAUAGUUUGUACAAGUAUUUUUGUUUCACUAAUAACUAUUAUUUCAGAUACAUCAUGGUACGGAAUUAUUUGGACUACAAGACCAAAUCAGAUUAUUAAGCAAGAUUUGAUAAGUACUAGUCAACAAAUUGGACUUCAUUUAUCAACAGAUUUUUUUCUUCCAUUUGAACUAAUUUCAAUAAUUCUUUUAGUUUCUUUGAUAGGUGCAAUUGUCGUAGCUCGCCAGUAAGAAAUCUUUAUAGAACUAGUAAUAGAAAUCAAGAUUCUGUCCGAAGCUAAUAAUCAAUGGAAAGAACCCUCAUCUUAUUAUAGUCUUAAACUUGGAGGAAUUUUCGAUUCAGUACAUCGAAACAAACAACCAGCAAAAAAAGAAAUUUUAUUUUGUAGUACUUGAUCUGGUCACUGAUUGUGAAAUUUCGUUGCUGUGUUCCAAGAAGGAUAGCUAUACUGAUUGCGUCUACUCGAAAGAGACCCUUGGUACUCCAUUGACGAUCGUAACACAAAAAUUCAAUUUCAGUAAAUUUCUACUUACUGAUCUGAUCUUUUAUGGAAUCGA